UAUUGACCUUGUCGACAUUGUCAUUGUCUGACCGACCACAGCCGCACAGCUAGGAACGAUAUCUGGCAACUAAAAGAUUUUUCCAAAACACAAUGGAUACAGAUCGAAUAGAGGCACAGGUAAAUCAAUGAUCAGUUUUAGACCAAAAUGUAUUUAUUUUAGCAUUCACUGUGAUUUGUGUAGUGUAUAGAACCCGGACAGGAGAUUAAUUUAAAGCUACUAUUUCUAUACGCCAUGUUUGCCCUCGCUCGGGCUCAAGACUCCGACACUGUGCCUGUGGUAGGCGGGAAUAUAUCUUCCGUGUUAUUGCCAUAAGGCAUAAAGAUUGUAGUCUUUAUUAGUUAUAGUGAAGUAGCUGAGAAUAUAAUUAAAAUAUGAAAAUCGUGCGACGGCUUGUAUGUAGUAUACGUAAGUUAUACACUGAAGCUUGGUCCUCGGCCAAAAUUUCCCGCCAUUAUUCUUUCCCGCCAAAAUGGCAACCAUGCGGACAUUUGCGAGAUGGAAGAGGUUAUUUCGCUGGACUCAGAGCGAGAAAACGUACGAACAGGGCCGCCGAGAGGGGGGGGGGCAAAUUGCCCCGGGUCCCGAGUUGCUGGGGGCCCCUGAAAAAUUUUUGUUGGGCCCCAGCCUUUUUUGUGUGUUAAAUAUUUCCGCGCAAAAGACAAGAUAUCUGUUUUCUUGGGCUAAGUACCGAAUUUUGGCAUAAAAAAAUUAGAUAAAGUCCCUCGAAAGAAAUUGCAACGUACUCGUCCGGAAAAAUUUUGUACUCCGGAAAAAAUUUUUUACCCCUAAAAUGGAACACUGACCGAAAAUUUUUUGGCGACGGGGGGGAGGUUGUUCUCCGGAAAAAAAUUUUUCCGGGAAAAAUUUUUUAGAUAGGGGCCCCUAAAAAAAAAUUUGCCCCGGUCCCCCGCCAACCUCUCGGCGGCCCUGCGUACGAAGCAACGGUUUUACUAGCACUAACCCUAUUCCAAACACCAACUCUAAUCCCAACUCUAACCCUACUCCAAGUUGUUUGUUUCUAAACGGGUUCUAAACGAAUCUUGAAGAAAAAAGUUUUGACGAAAUGUCAUUCUGAGGUCAGCGAAUAACUUCUUCCUUGCGGGAUCCGGUGGGUGCGAUAAAAUGAUGGCGGUUUAUAUAAACUUUUUUCUCCUUCACAGCUAACCGCCAAUACUUUCUUCGUAAAACCAUAACCAUCAUUUUUCUUAUACCCCCGUUGUUUCGGCAAAUUAUUGAAUCCCAGACAGCAAAUUGUUUUCCCAGUUGGCGAAACCUGAAUUGGAUAGGAAGGAAAAAACUAAAAUAUUGGAGUGAGACUGAUUAAAAAUUAAUAAUUAUAGCUGAAAUGUGAGGAAAUGUACGGAAAAAUAAGGAAAAACUAAAGGCCCUGUCACACUAUUGCGUAUAUGAGAGAAACGUAUGAGAAGCGUUAAUGAAAUAAUUUUCAUACGCAUAAAAUUACAAAAAUCCCUUGAAAUGCCAGGCUGCCAGCUUAUGAGUACCACACAUCUGGCGUACCUCUAGCGUAUUUAGCAUGUGCCUAGAGUAUGCUUAUCGUAUAAACCAUUCGUCCGAAGGCUUAAAAAAUGCUUGUGUGAUGUUACUCUGAGUGUAACGUCACACAAGCAUCUUAUUCACCUGAGUACAUUACACCAACAUAACAAAUAUCAUGAUUAUUAGAUUACACUGAUAUCGAAGGAACUAGAUUCCGUUCCGAAAUAUCCCAUACUCGAACCGACCUGACCGCGUAGCUCAGUUGGCAGAGCGUUGGGCUAGUAUUCCAAAGGUCGUAGGCUCAAGUGCCCCUUUAAAAAACGAAAAAAGUAUUUCUUGAAUGAACGCCCUCUUUUGCUGGAAAGAAAGUGCCCUUUUUGCAGUAAUAAAGACCGUUUCCGACGUUAUAGAGACCCCAUAUUUUCAAAAAAUUUUGUUCGGCUCGUGAACGACAUAAAAUCGUUUGAUUUUGGUCAUACACAGAAGUGUCCCAUUUGGCCAAAGCCCCUCCUCUUUCGAAAUGCUUCCGCGGCCUCUACUGGCAUACGCUAGUAUGAUAUUAAAUAAAGUGUGACAGGGCCUUAAAUGAGUGGCAUUACUGCAACCCGAAAGAUAUAGUGUCCGGAAAUGUUAAUCAGCGGAAAAUUGUUUUGAUACGCAAUGGAAGACUCGGAUAAUGUUCACCCAUUAAAAUAGCAGUAUCAACAUCGGUUGUUCAGCUUGUUUUCUCUAGCCUGCGCGCAGGGACAUCGUCAAACGAGUUAUUUCAUGUUGGGAAUUAUUAUCAAAGGCAAUAUAGAUCUUAUUGGGAAACGGAUUCACAUCUUCAAUAUUCCCUUUUCCUGUUGUUCCGAUAUGCCGCGCUGACUAAUAAAUAUUUUCCUAUAUUUUCUACAAUGUUGAAGGCCUUCCGGUUUUGAUAAUCGUAAACCAAAAUGCCCGGUUUAGACUAGAUACUAGAGAGGUUAAGAUUGACAUUUACGACAGACCGGUAACCGCAAACGGGAAACUUCAAGUCGUAUUUUGAGAUCAACUGUUAGCUGUUGGAUGUUAGGACAAUUUGUGCAUUAAAAUUGAAGAAUGAAUUGACUAAAAACCUGUCGAAACUAUUAUUAUUAUUAUUAUUAUUAUUAUUAUACAAUAUUAGAUACUCCCAAUUGGGCUUUUCAGGAUCUAAUUACAAAUAUGAAAUUCUAUAUCUAAAAGUAUCUAAAAAUGAAUUUUGAGUUUUGACCUAAGGUAUAACAUAGGCUAUAGUUCUAAAAUAUUCUAUAAAUCUGUUAAACACCACUUUCAGUUAAAAAUUCUUCUAAUAACAUACGUUUGUAUUCUACUUUAAAAUGAGUCAAAGUAUCAAUGUUUUUAAGAGACUGAGGCAGAGAAUUCCACAAGGACACAGCCCUAUAGUGAAAUGUUCGUUGACCCGCAGCUGAUCUGUACAUUGGUAUAUCCAAAAUGUUCUUUUGCCUUGUGUUAACGCCAUGAACAUCCGACCUGACAUGGAACUUCUCACACAAAUACAAUGGUGCCAACCCCUUCAAGCAUUUGAAAGCAAAAAUGGCUUCUCUUAAUUUUAACAUGUAUUUAACUGGAAGCCAGCCCAGUUGUUGCAGAACAGGAGUCACGUGAUCGUAUUCUCUUGUUCCUGUAACAAUACGUGCAGCAAAGUUCUGGACCGCUUGAAGCUUCUCGAUAUUUCUUUGGGAUGUAUUAGACCAGACAGCAGAGCAGUAAUACAUUUUGCUAAAAAUCAGGGAAUUUAUAAUAAGAAUUAAUGUUUUUCUGUCAAAGAUAUGUUUAACUCUGCUAAUUUGGCCCAAUCCAGCGAUACAAGAUGAAACAACGCUUGCGAUAUGUUCGUCGUAGCUCAAACAUGAGUCCAAUAUCAUCCCUAAAUCCUUUGCAACAGCAACUGGGGUAAUAUUCUCACCAAGGAUAGUUAUUUGAAAUUUUUCAGGUACCUGUUCUAACAUUUGCCUAGUACCUAAUAUAAGCAACUUAGUUUUUUCUGGAUUCACCAACAAACUGUUAAGACAGCACCAGGCGGUAAUUCUUCGCAUGUCUUCUUUGAGUUUCAUAGCUGCCAACUCGGCAUCCCUGAUUGAGAAUGCUAAAUAUAUUUUUGAGUCAUCCACAUACGACUCCAAAUUGGACUCCUUUGGUACACCAGGCAAGUCGUUGAUAUAUAUAUAUAUAUAUAUAUAUAUAUAUAUAUAUAUAUAUAUAUAUAUAUAUAUAUAUAUAUAUAUAUAUAUAUAUAUAUAUAUAUAUAUAUAUAUUAAAUAACACCGGACCCAGUAUCGAUCCCUGCGGAACACCGCGAGUUAUUUCACAUUCAUCAGAUAACACUGACGCAAUACGUACUGAUUGGCACCUGCCUGUCAAAUAGCUUUUAAACCAAAACAACGCAGGCUUCGAGAUUCCAAUAGUCGAAAGUUUUCUUAGCAGAAUGAAAUGAUCUAAGGUAUCAAAAGCUUUAGACAAGUCCAGUAAGAGUAAAGCAGUCACUUCUCUACGAAACCUUCGGAGACUUGUAAAACUUACCUUCAAAUGCGAAUUGAAGUUUGCCGUUUGCGGUUGCUGGUCUGCCAUAAACGUCAAUCUUAACCUCUCAAUGUUGAUCUGCCCGGUGGGCAAACAGUUAUAGGGGAAUGGGAUCCUCCACCCCCACCCCCCCUACUCGUUUGGGGCUGGCUACGCUCCUAAAUGAAACUCGCGUCCUGAAAGUCCAACCAUCAUGAAAUUUUCGGUAUAAUAAUUUGAGCAUGAAGAUUUUAUAAUUUUGAAGUCCAUUUUUGGCAAAGAUCUAUACGUCUGUUUGCAGUGUAGUUGAUAACUUGGAUUGGAGAAUCAUGUAAAACAGGACUUGUUAUAUAGACCCGUUUUCACAUGAAUUUUAUACUUCGCAAUAUCUAAAAAAUGGUAUCAGGUCGUUUCAUAAUCCAGUCAUUUCGUACUCGACUGCCUAGUCAUUGUUGUAUUGCCGCUAAUUCGUACUCUGAUUAGUAUGUCAAAUAUUGUGCAUGGAAAAGGAGUGGAGUUAUUAUAUGACUCAAAACAGGUUCAUUAUAUAAUAAAAGUCGAUUAAAUAGAUUUAUUAAAAUAACUUGACCUAAAUUGCAUACUUUCACGAAAUAAAAUCACAUCGCUCAGCAGGUGACAAUAGAUUUUAUUCAAUAUCCACUCCGCCCUGAUACCAGGCCCAAAAGAGAGCAAAACGAGAACAACAGUUGCAUUGAUAGUUUACAGUACGUCUUGAUGAAAGUUGGCUAAACGAAAUUAGAUUCGGUGUAUUUUUGUUAAAUUGAGUUUAACGGCUCUUGAAGGAUUGUGGUUAAUUGUACAAGUCGCUGAUAGUUUUAUUUAUUUUCGUUACCGUCAAUUCCAAUGUCCAUCCAAAUUUUGCGACUGCAUGCAGGCUAGCGGACUAGACGCUUAACGAUGGGGGUAAAACAUUCCCGUUCCCCCUGUCUCGCCGUCCUGUGCGUAAAGAUCAAGAGUCAUGCGUGCCAGCAUUUUGUAACAGUGUGUUGCUAAGUUGUCAAUCUCGUUCCCAGAGUGCAUGUCGUUCGCAGGUUAGGGUUGCUCAACCCUAACCUGCGAACAGGCAUGCUCUGGGAACGAGAUUGGAAGGUUGGUCAGUAUAUGAACUUAUAAAUAAUGUAUUAGGAUGCAGGACCGUAACAAUUGUUGGAAACAUUAUAUUCAUUUGUUGUUUUCGCACACGCAUGGUAAGGUUAUGCCUGUACGUUCAUACCGUCCAGUUUUCUGUUAAACUUACAUGUUUUGUAUUAAAGAAUGACAAUGAAAACAAUAAAGAAGACCUUGGAUUGAGCUACCUUAUUGAUGAGAAUCCACCAUGGUACAUGGCUAUAAUGUUGGGUCUGCAGGUAAGGUGUGAACAAAUCGUGGUGAAAUUUGGAAUGUGGACAAAAUAUUACUCAACUAUUAAUAUGUCAUAUAGGAUAAAUAUAGCUUUGCUCCAGACCUGGAAAAAGAGGAAUCUCGAGCUCGUGAUUCUGAGGAACAUUCGGUAUUUUUGCAAAACGAUUGUACAACAUUAUUAAUUCACACAUCAGCUAAUGCAAUUAAGGUUGCCACUUCAAAGUCGAAACUCACAACAGCAAAAACUGGACCUCUAAGCACGAAAAGGACAAUGGAUGUUCAUUUGUACAAUGGGGCACGGAAGUUGUGUUUUUCAAUAUGCUACGAACAAAUAGAAGUAUCGACAUAUACGUAUCCAAAAUGCUUUUUGUGCUUUAGAGGUCGAGUUUUUUUGCGGUUGUGACUGUUUUGACCUCUGAAGGGUAAAUACGUUAUGGGAGGAACUUAGGAAUCAUACUUACAUAUAUAUUAUUUGACUGAUUAUUUCUCAAAUCAUUAGUAAUUCAUGAACAAAAACAUAAGAAACCCAUUUAGUUGGUGUUUUCAAACUACUAUUACUAAAAUCUGAAGUACUAGUACUUUGAAACUACGUGAAUUACAACGUUUGAGAAGUCAGUUCAAGUACUCGACAUCGGACUUUACCAGGAUUUCAAAUGCAGUCAAAUCUUUGAUCUGAAACUGCGGAAAACAACAUUGAACACUUUUUCCAGGUCUGUUCAUCUGGUUGAGCUGAUGAGGCGUUCGUUCAAGCGGCUCAUUAAUAAUCCCUUAAUACUUAUCGUUCACAGCAUUAUUUGACAAUGUUUGGUGCAACAGUGUCUUUGCCACUCAUAUUGUCCCCAGCAAUGUGUGUGAAUGAUCCUGUAGUUACUGGAAAACUCAUCAGUACUAUCUUCUUUGUAAGUGGAGUAGCUACACUCUUGCAAACGUGUCUUGGAAAUAGGUAGGUUUUUUCGAUUUAUUUUCUCUGGGUCGGUAUUAUAGCGAAUACUUAUAAAUGUGCAUGAUUGACUGACAAGUUUUCCUCAUCCGGAUCAGUCAGCCCGUCAUCUUUCGGUUGACAUAUAGAAAAACGUUACACGUGCUGAAACACGCAGUUAAUUUACACACGGAAACACGCAAGUUUCUUGCAACGUUCACUUGAUUCGCAUGACCUCGAUCAGAAAACAGGACGUAUGUUUGUAAUUGGAGCCAUGCCCCAUUAUGCCUCCAUGAAUAUUGAAAUUAUUCAUGCAAUUAACUUUUCGUUUCUACAAGAAUGAAUUUUCCAAAUGAUAACUGUUAAGUUUUGUAAUCUUGUAGGUUACCAAUUGUGCAAGGCAGUACAUUUUCCUAUCUUGUACCUACGUUUGCCAUUUUAUCUUUACCUGAUUAUAAAUGUCCCAAGGAAAUGGAGUCUGGUAUGUUCAAUAACCAUUUUUUGACUUGAAAUUAUUUUCUGUCGCUAUGAUGUAAGUAACAAAUUCAGUGAACAGAUAUUUUUUCUCCAUUUCACAGAUCCUACGAAUUCAAAAUUUGAUGGGAUAUGGAAAAUACGAAUUCGUGAGGUAAUUUAAUAAUUUGUAAGACCUCUCAAAUAAAUUGUCCUAAUGAAGUGAGUGCUAGUGUAAAGCCGGUUUUACACUAGCGAAUAUUCUCGCGCGAAGCGACUUUUUUCCUUUGUCGGUAUCACUUAUUACAUCAGCAACAUGUAGCAAAAUGGAUGCCGGCAAAGGAAAAAGGUUGCUUAGCACGAAAAAAUUCGCUGGUGGAAAACCGGCUUAAAAGGGAACAAUGAUAUUCAUCGCCAUACAAACUAGGCUUGAUUACCAGCCGGCAUUCGGGAAACGCCUGGUAAUCAAGCCUACAUACGAAUCGAACCAAUUAAAGUUCUGCAGGUAUUACUUAUUGAUAGUUGAUUAUUCAUACAACUAAUAGUUGAUUGUGAUUGCCGGAAUUGCCGGUGCAACAAAUAAAUAAAUAAAGUAUGAAACGAUAUACAAUCCUGGAUGGGGAAAGCCUCAUUUUGGGAGCCUAACCCCACGGUCCCUUCCAAUGGCCCUGAACCCUUUAUUAACGAACUAAAGUAAUAGCUGGGUUUCAGUCAUGUGGUACCUUUGGCGCUUGCAUUGGUGGUCAACUCCGAAAGGAAACACAGUUACCAGAACGAGUUAAUUGUUCAUUAUAUGUGUUGACCUUGUGUUUGGUGGCAAAUGCAUGCAAUUUAGUGAUGCAGUUUUGCUCCCACAAAACAUAAAGCGUCAAUACGUGUAAAGGUGAGCACCAAGCGUUUCCCCAUGUACAAGGCUUGGCGAAACCCACCUAUAGAAAGCAUUAACUUUGAGCCAUAAAAUCAUUAGACUUGGAUCAAGUCCGUCUCUCUAGAGCCCGAGUCGCGAAGCGACAAGAUCGAUGAAAACGUAAGGUUGUGAUGAGUCUUUGGGUGGACUAGUGUAUUUUUUUUUUUAUUUUUUUUUUUUUUAAUUUUAUAAACUUCGUCACAAUAUAAAUUACAUAUCUAAAUACUAUAAUGACUAUAACACAUUCCGAGCCAUCCUUACAUGUAUCGUUUUCCAGGACAAACAACUGUUAAACCAUAUUAAAACAGACUAAAACAGACAUGAAAACCGCGUAGAUGCAAUAUAACUCGAAAUGCACUAUAGAUCUAACAAUACAACAAUUUACAACAAUUGUGACAGGGUAUUCACGACAGCUUUUGGCCAAUUACUGUGAUCCCAUUAGACAACAAACAAAUUAUCUUAAACUAUACAAAGCAUUCACAUUGUCUCUUAAAAAAUUAUCAUUUAAAAACAGCAUGCAAGAGGUUUAGUGAGAUCAUGAGUCUGAUUACACUUUAAACAAAUUGUUUUCCACGAACGAGGAUCAUCUAUGUUAUAAUUAAGUUGUAAAGCAGAGAGGUAGUAGUCAAGUAAAUAUUUUUUAAAGGUAUAUAAAGAAUUAGAUUUAUUAGUUAUAAGUUUUGGUAAAGUAUUCCAGAUCCUUGUUGAUCUGAUUGUAUAUGACUGUUGGUAUGUCGCUGUAUAGCAUUUCUUCGUGCGGAAUUGGAGACAGUUUGGUUGAACAGAUCGUGUUGUUCUAACGUUCAGAUUUUGCGUAGGAAGGACUGAUCUCGGAAGAUUUAUGGCACCACAACUUACUUUUGCACCACGUACUUACUAUUGCACCACGCGUGCCGCUUUGCGGCACAGAUACAGAUAUUUCAUAGCACACUCCCUAUCAGGGCUUUUCAAGUCUAUAAAAUCGUUUGAGGACUAAACACCGGUUUACACUAUCGAAGUUUCUGCGACCACAGUAGGAAUUUAAGGAUUUGUAAGAAAUGAUUGAGGGAACUGACUUAAUGACAAACACAGUGUUUGUUACAAGAUAAUAACAACUUGUUCUACACUUGUCUACGAGUGUAGCUCAGUUGGUAGAGCGUUGCAUAGACUAACAAAUCAAGCUAGCAAUUAAACCAAAGGUUGCGGGUUCGAUUCCCACCGUGGUGAAGCAAUUGUACAGUUUGUCCGCCGGGUGUAUAGAGCCACUCAGAGUAGCACCAUCUAAUACAGACAUCAAUGAAAAUUGCAAAUUGAUGAUGCUAGGGAGUAUCUUAACCUCUUCAUUACUUUGCGUUCAACAUUGUCUAGAUCCAAGGAGCCAUCAUGGUAACCUCCAUAAUUCAAAUUGUGAUUGGUUUCAGUGGCUUAGUUGGUUUUCUCCUGCGUUUCAUUGGUCCGAUAACUAUUGCUCCCACCAUCGCGCUUGUUGGUUUGUCGUUGGUGAAUGUGUGUCUUACAAAUGCAGGUAAAUAUUGUUUUUAUUUAAAAGUUUCGUUAAAUACGAUGUAGGACGAGCAACACAAUUGCUGCAACUUGCAACAAAUGCCGAUUUUUUAUUCAUGUACGUAAUAAAUAGUUAAAAUAUUCACACAUAAAUUGCAACAGACGAAAAACGGGCAAAUAGUACUACAUUUAAUUAACAUGUACUAGUUGCGGCAAUUUUGAUGCUCGUUUCACUUCACCUUUAAGUUGGAUGUGAACAUUUUAAUUUUGUGAAAAAUCUAAUUUUGACGAAUAUUAAUUAAGCCCAAAAAAAACUAAUUAUGCGUCAACGUUUUUAAUUAUCAUGCGUUAAAAUCCGUUAGUUUCAGUGGCGUGCUGGGUACUAGCAUUUUCAGGGGCCAGUGGGCUGUCAACCAAUAUGCGCCCCUAUAAUGUUACACUUGAUAAACGAGGGCCGAAGGCACGAGCCGAGUGCCGCAGGUGCGAGGUUUGUCUAGGGGGGUCCGAGGGCAUGCCCCCCUGGAAAAUGUUUGAAUUUAGAGUCUCUGAAAUGCCAUUUCCUGGACUUUGGGGGAAGAUUUGACAGAAAUCUGAUGGUCAGAAAACGGCAUUAUAACGUGUCGAAAUUUGCAAUUCGGUUAGAAUUUAGUAGUAGUACUUAAAUUAUGCAAUGCUAACUACUUCCAGCGAUUAAUCUAAUCCCAAUUCUGUUCUCUACUGAUCUACUGUUCUGAGUACAUUUACAACUUAAAGCUCUUUUAUACAAUAACACAAGCAACCCACGCAUAUGCAUUUUAAGGUUUCCUUGCCUGGCUGCCAAAAGGGCAUGUUUCAGCAUUAUAUCAUUGCUUACAUUACUCAUGCUUCUUGUGCAAACAACUAAAUUGCGUACACAACUAAACAUCAGUUAUCAUAACUUCAACUAUCUAAUUUGCGCCGCUCUCGUGAUUCGUGAAGCAUAAUAAAGGGCAUAAUAUAAGGGCAUCAUACCAGCAAAAAAGGGCAUAAUUCCUGUGAUCGCUUCGAUCGAAACCUGACCAAUAUUCCGGUAAUGAGACAUUGCCUGUGAUCACUGAUCAUGUUUCUAUAUGAACGAUUUCGUGUGAGCUGUGAGGUAGCAAAUGCGGUUAGGCAAAAUAGUCUGUAAUUUAAUAUAUGUCGCCUAUAUGCGCUUAGUCUGUUUUAUACUGUAGCCUCUAAACAUGUCUUUUCUUGGCGGAAGUAACCAUAUUUUUUCGAGAAUACGUUUUUUUCCACCCACUUUCAAAUUUAGGCGCCCCAUUUUCAUUCUUGCGCCCCCCAAGAAUUGCCAGCUGGGGGGGGGGCCGUGGCCCCCUGGCCCCCCCUGCCAGCACGCCACUGGUUAGUUUGCUGCAAGUUUCAGCAAUUUAUGGCUUGCAUUAUUUCACUUUUAAAAUUGACGCAAUGUUCUUUUCCAGGGAGUCAUUGGGGAAUUGCAUUCACGUAAGUUUCUAUGAUAAUCGCAGUCCAUUCUGCUGUACAAUUAUUUUUAUCUGCUGUUUAUCUUACUAAUACUGAUUACCAAGACAAAAAGGCACUUCAUGACGUUUUAAGUCAGGGAUGAAAUUUCAGGACGACUUACUAAAGAAUCUGAUUAAAUCAUUGCAUAAUAAACAGAAAGUGCACUGUUAUCCACACAUAAUUGUGAAACAUAUUUUUUCUCUAGGACUAUUGGUCUAAUCAUUAUAUGUUCCCAGAUGUUAACUGAUGUUAAAGUUCCAUUCCCAUUUUACACCAAAGAAAAAGGCUUUCAUACACUAAAAUCGCCCGUUUUUCGUCUAUUUCCGGUGAGUUCUUCAGUCUCCUAUUGUAUUUUUCUUCUGUCUCCCAUUUCUUUAUUUCGUGGAACUUUUCAUGGAAAAUACAUUUUGCAUUGCAAAGCACGUCUUACACUGACCUAAAUACUUCAUGAAACUGGACCUGAUUAUGAUGGUAAAAAUAGCACAAAGACCACGUGUGUGGCGGUUGGUGCAGUCCUAGACUUCGCCUAACAUGUGAUGAGAAUGAAAUGUCUGGUAAGAACUAAUAGGAAGCUAUUGAUUGAGCAAGUGGCGCAUGAAGAUAUAUUAUGAUGCCAUUGCUGUCAAAAGUCGAACCUACUUGUGUCCUGUGCAAGGGACUGUUGCAACCUGUCUGAUAAUAAUUUGCUGUGUUUUGCUGUGUUACAGGUAUUAAACCUGUAUGCUGUUACGCACAGGUCUAUGGCGGAAUUGCGAGACAAGUUGCAUGAAAAAUUUCAUCUUUGCAUGCACUCAGUUCCUUAUUAACCUAUAUGUUUCAGGUUAUCAUAGCUAUAGUCACAACUUGGAUAUUUUGUGUUAUCUUAACCGCUGCUGGAGUAUUUGAUCAUAAUUCUAGUGCCAGGACAGAUGUUAAAUCGAGCGUGUUAGCAGAUUCACCUUGGUUUCGAGUGCCGUAUCCAGGUAAUGCAUGAAUAUCCAAUGACUAACACUCAUUGAGUCAGUCAGUGAUAAUUAGAGACCUUACGAUUUUAGGACCGCGACGGCGACGGGUAAAACAAACUCCUUCAAAUAAAUGGUAGUAGAGAUAGUUUGUCGUAUAUUAUCAAUCGUAUGAAUUUAAUACAGUUUUAGAAGUUGAAGACAUGGGUUUUAUGGUUGGGAAGAGUUCUGCUAAACCCAGUUUGAAGUUGCACUUGUUGUGGCUUGGAAUGCAGCCGUUGUAUCAAGACGUGAAAAUCUGUGAUUUAGCGUUGUAAACAAUGUCUAAAAUUAUUCAUAUAUUGUAAUUACUCAAUUCUUUUCAAUGAUCUAUUGUAUUGGUAGCCGUUGCCAUCGCGUUGCCGUCUUAAAAUCGUAAGGUCUCUAUUCCACAAUACGUACAACGCACAAUGCACCACUGAUAUGAAAUCGGCCCGACAAAAAUCAGUGUGGUGCCCUAGCGCAUGCGCAAAACACAUGCAUCACAAGCGCAAUAUGCAUGCUGAUUGUAGUGCAUGCAGAAUUGCGGACGUGUAUUAUCACGUGUUAAAACAUUGUAAUCCGAGGUCGAUUUAAACUAUAUAGACAAUCGAAGGAAUGAGUUAGGAUUAGUUAGUUACCCAGGCUAUUUUCUCUCACGCUUUGGUGCGGCUGGUGCCACGGCCACUGGGGACGAGGAUGGGUUAGUUACUGUAUUUGAUAGAUAGAUAUAGUCAUUUAAUGUCGAUUACACAGGGUAUGGUUGCCUAAUCGUAUCAUAAAACUUGAUAGGGAUGCAACUACCUGAGAAAAUACUGACAAGGAGCGCCUUUGACGUUCUCCUUGUAUUUUUCAGGUAUUUGCAUUCCUAUCAACCGACGUUUUGUUACUACCUAAACUGGCACAGACCGUUCAAAAUUCUAAUUUUAUUAUAUUACCGAAAUCAGUAGAGUGUCUUUUCCGGAAGUUGAAAAGACAGUCAGAAGCCAGUAGAAACGUUCAUGUUUUAUGACGUCACGGUGAAGGAAUGCAGCUUGGAACUUGUAUGUUAUUUUACUUAUUAGUAACUUUAUUAUAUUAUUUAGUUUGACAAAUUGCCAAUAUGGCUCUUUUCCAUAAAAAAAACCUUCAGAAAUAAACUCAUUUGCGCUUGUGUCGCUUCCAACCACUCUUAUUAGGCUGUCCUGAUAUAAAUUUGUGGCGUGUUCACAGUUCACUAACUUCACUUUCCACGCUGCAUUCCUUCACCGUGACGUCAUAAAAUAUGAACGUUUCCACUGGCUUCAGACUGUCUUUUCAACUUCCGGAAAGACACUCUACUGAUUUCGGUAAUAUCUGCCACCCGUUCUCAAAGCCAGAUCAGUUUAAUAACUUUGCUAAACUUGUGUUGCUCUAAAUUCUCAAUGAUUACCUAUUCGAUCUCUUGUCAGGUCAAUGGGGAACACCAACAUUGAGUUUUGCUGGUGUUUUUGGCAUGGUUGCUGGGGUUAUAGCAGGAGUAGUCGAGUCUAUUGGAGAUUACUACGCAUGCGCAAGGAUGUCCGGUGCACCACCGCCGCCACCACAUGCUAUCAAUCGAGGGAUUGGGAUUGAAGGUAUUGCAUGUUUCAUUGCGGGCGCUUUUGGAACUGGAACUGCAACAACUUCAUUUAGCGAGAAUAUAGGAGUGAUUGGUAUUACAAGGGUAAGCAUCUCAAUCCUGGUUAUUUGCAUACAGUAUAUAUUUCGCAAUAUUAUAGCUAAGGUAACGAUCAUUACCGCACGCCCAUUAUUAAACAUUAAAGCAUGAUGAGCAGCCGACCUAUAUCGGAUUGGAUUUAUUGUAAGAUGAAUUGUAAAACAGGUAAAUGGGACGGUAAUAAUUUAUCGGUAAUUUCCAAUUCAGGUAGCAUCUUUAAAACCUACUGUUAUAGAUCUUAUAGGUAAAUAUCGAACUUUUCCUACAGACACUUCAGCUAGUAAUGCAGACAUCCGAGGUCUAUAUUACGAACAAUUUCCAACGACCCGACAUGCAUGAACAUGCAACACCUCUCUGAAACGGACAUUUUGCUGCGUCCCUUCACUGUCUUUGCUCGAGGUGCGACUCAAGAGAGGUUCAUAAUUUACUGCUCACUGGCUCAGGACGUAUCUGAUUGGUUAAACGGGUAGAUUAAAUUCAUCUGAUUGGUCAAUGGUAGCAGUAGUCAAAUCUAAACUUUCCAUUCUGUUAGGUUGGCAGCCGUCGUGUUGUUCAGAUUGGUGCAUUAUGUAUGAUCAUCUUGGCUUUGUUUGGUAAAUUUGGCGCAUUAUUCUCUACGAUUCCCCAACCUGUCAUUGGUGGAGUGUUCGUAGUUUUGUUUGGAAUGAUAUGUGCUGUUGGGUUGUCAAGUCUGCAGCAUGUUAAUCUUAAUUCGGUCCGUAAUCUUUUCAUUGUUGGUUUUGCUUUGAUCAUUGGUCUAGUUAUUCCCGAAUACCUUCGCCAGCACCCGGACACUAUUGAUACAGGUAAGGCCAGUUCAACUUUUUUUUCUCUGAGGUCCAGUAAGGGUUUCUCAGUGAUAAUAUGUCUGGUUAUUCCCAAAUAAUUGAACAGUAUAACUAAUAUAGUGUAUACUGAUAUAGAAUAAAAUGAAUCUGCACAGCUGGAAUGUAGCUUGCUCGCAGCCCGAAAUUUCGUUCAAAUGAGAACCGGAAAUUUGAAUUCAAAUUUUCGGGUGUGGGUUGCUGAGCAGGCUACUGGAAUGAUGCUCAUCGAAUAUUAUAAUAAAAUAAGCUUAAAGGUAGGGUACAGUGCGUAUGUAAACAAAGCCUUUGUUUACAUUUCGGUAUUCAAAAUAUUUAACUUUAUUCGACAACUAUUUAUGUUUUCAUGCUUCUACAGUAUAAAUGAUCAAGAUACAACAGUCAGGCUUUGCAACCUAAUUAAAGUGUUUAUAUCAUGGCAGGAGACUCCUAUGUGCGCAUGCGCAGACCGGACUGUAUAAGCACUGAGAUCACAGAUCAAAGCAUCUUUUCAGAAUUUAUUAAUGUCAGCCACUAAUGACGAAUAUUAUAUAAAAUACUGUAUAGAAAUGGGUUUUUAAACCAAUAGACCUUUAUAUGCGUAAUGACGUCACAAGGUUUAAUGCCCGCGAGGAAUGCUGGUCUUAGUAGUUAUCACCCGGGAAAAUCAAACAAUUUAAAAUGCAUGGCCACUAUCGAAAUUUUCCCGGGCGAUGACUACUAAGAAGUAAGACCAGCAUUCCUCGCGGGCAUCAAGCAUUGUGACGUCAUUAUGCAUAAUUAUUUGUCUAUUUGUCCCAACAUCACAUGCAUGUGCACACGAACAUCAGUACAUGCAUUGGAAUGGGAACUUUGUAGAGGAAGAACCUCUCCCGGGAUAAAUCGUAGAACAGAGUUUCUUCCAUUAGGAUAACAAUAGACUCAGAAUCCUUGAUUAAUGUUUAUAAAUAAUAAUUUAAUAUAAAUAUUGCAAAUAUAAUUACCAUAUAUCAUGAAUUUUUAGAAGACUUUUGAAAGUUAAUAAAGGACUUGUAUUGAAAUUAAAAAGCAGUUUGAUCAUAGACAUAGGAAUCGAAUCUCCUAUUCUUCCAGUGAAUACUUAAGGUUACAGAACACCUUUGAGUGUUAAUUUUGCCUAAAAUUUUUUUAUUGGUUUCCAUGAAAGCAUUAGACUAGUUCUACUAUCUGACAAAGUUUGAACGAAAAAUGUUGAAAACUCGCGGAGUUAUUUAAUAAAAUACAUUUCGCUGCAAUAAGAAAAACAUUGAAAAUGUAAUAUUCAAAUUCAAUUUUCUCCCGAAGAUUUUACGGGUAAUUACUGAUUUUCAAACGAGUUGUGCUCCUGCGGGUUUUGACCAAUUUUUCUCAAAUUUUCACAGGACAUAGCUAAAGACGUCAGUUUCAAAAUUGUGUUCGGCUUUUUCUUAGUUUUGGAUAUUUUAAUAAUAAAGAGCAAUUCACUCAAAUAAUUCAGAAAUAUAUUGCAGUCGUCAAAGAAAUCGCCAUAUCAGCGGAAUGACGAAAUAAACAAAAAUUUCCGGACACAAUUUUUUAGAACAACUAUUUUACUGUAUAAAAAUGAUAUUUUCAUAAAUAUAACUUAAAACCAGCAGGAGCACAACUCAAAAGCGUAACCGGUACCGCGAUUUAAGAUUUUCCUGAAUAAUUCUUAUAUUAUUUUAUUGUUUGUUAAUUUUACAACUUUACCAUAUUGUGCAUGCACUGGAGAACAUUUGGUGAAAAUUUGAUGAAAAUCGGACUGAUAUUGAGCGCGCAGUAGCGAUUUUCCGCAAAACGCCAAAAAGGGUGUCCUGUAACCUUAAACGACUGCCUGUGGCUCAUAAAAUUCACAUAUUAUUUGCCUCAUCGUUUAGUAUCUUUUUAAUUUUAUGAACAUAUUACAGAUAUAUAUGCAUGUUAUCCCAAAUUGGAUCUGCUAUAUUUACAGUUCUGGGGCCGGUUGUUCGAAGCCCGUUUAGCUUAAACGGUCAUGGAUAAGUCAAACUAUUAAAUAACAGAUUCACACAGUUUGUAAAUGACUGAACUUAAAUCUCAUGCACUAAAUGAGGUGUAUAUAUAGUUGCAAACAUAAUUGUUCUGCUCAAGUUGAAAUACUUUAGUUUGGUUAUUUGAUGAAUGUAUAAACUUGAUCAAUAUUUUCGACUUAUCCACCGUUUAGCCUAAACGGGCUACGAACAACCGCCCCUGAUCAUAUGCAUGUAGCCUGUUACAGAAAGCGUAUACAGUCUGCAACACAGGGAUGCGGAUGAUCGAGUAAACUAUACUGUAAUCUCAUCUGAACUAAAAUGGACCCUAAUAAAAGGUUCAAAAGCCCGUGUUAUUUAGUCAUUUUUGGGCGAGGGUUUGCAUUCAAGUGUAUUUCCAUAGUAACACGUAUUUUUCUUAUUUAUUUAAGGAGUCCCCGAGGUGAAUCAAAUAUUUACAGUUCUGUUCGGGACAAGCAUGGUGGUUGGUGGCAUGGUUGCCCUCAUCUUAGACAACAUCCUCCCUGGAUCAGACGAAGACCGGGGUAUAAUAAAAUGGCGUAGUUUGAUGACGGAACAACGUAAAGGAACUAUGGCCUCUAUUCAUGUUUAUGAUCUACCGUUUGGUAUAACAAGUAAAUGGACAUUCGCCAAGUACAUUCCAUUUUUGCCGUAUUAUCCUGAAGAUGGCGAGAACGAUGUACAUCCUGUUGCAGAUUCCGAGAUCCAGUUCCCACAACAGCAACAAACUUUCCUUUGACAUUCAAAGUCUUACUUCAACGUUUUUUGUUAGGAAUAUUGUGUGAAACAUUUACAACUUUAUAAAAAGCAUCGCUCAUUUACAAAACAGAGCAAAACUGAUUUUGUACAUGUGUUUUGUUGUAGGGGCUAACUCCAAAUUCAAAACUCCAAAAUUUAGUUGAAUUAAUAAUUUACUUAAUAUUAUUAAAUUAAUAAUUACAGACCAACUACAAAAAGUAUAUUAUAUGCCUUUCUACAUAAACCUAGCGUUAUUCCAAAAAUUAUGUGAAACAGUUAUCUAAGCCUGGAGUUAAUGGCUGUCUAAAAAUAGUUACAUAUGUCAGUCGCUCCAUGGCUCCCUAACUUAAUCUGCAGCCAUGUUUCACACUAUAUA